AUCGGCCGCAUCCGCGCAUAGACGUCGCCAACAGGUCUGAAUCACGAUCACGAUGCUCCGAACAGGUCCCUCGUAGGUCUGAAUGGCGGCGGUGGGCAGCAUUCGGGUCGACCUUCCGUUUGUGCUCUCGAGCGAAUUUCUACCUUUCGGCUAAGGCAAAGGAAAAAUUCGAGGAGAAGGGAAAAAUGGAGCGCCUGCUGUUGAAUCUGCUCGUGUCCGACAGCGCUACAAUACAGGAGGCAACUAAGGAGCUCAAGAAAGUACUUCAGAAUCCCGAAAGUGUGCCAGCUUUGUACCAACUUGUCCUAACGUCGUCGAAUCCAGAGGUACGGCAGUAUGCGACUCUCAUUCUUAGGAGACGUUACACUAAGGGAAAGUACUGGACAAAAUUGUCUGUACCUGUACGAACCGAAUUUAAGAAAAUUAUAUUACAGGCCCUAGAACAUGAAUCGGUAAACUUGGUUAGAAAUAGUAUAGCUCAAUUAAUAGGUGUUAUUGUUAAACAUGAAUUACCUACAAAUAGCUGGCCAGAAAUUAUACAUUAUGUGCAACGGUUAAUCACGAGUGAAAGAUUGGAGGAUAAAGAACUAGGCCUUUAUACUUUAUCAAUUAUGACAGACGUUACUCCGGAUGCUUAUACCUCGCAUGCCAGAUCUCUGGUAAUGCUCCUCGCUCAAACGUUGAGCAGUCUUCAGAGCUUAGGAAACCCUGCUGCUUUUUACAUUUUGAACACAUUGCGACAUCUCAUUCCUGCAGCUAAACACGACGAAACGACAGUGCACACGUACGCUACAAUGAUGCCGCUCAUAAUGACCACGAUUCAAGCCUUCUCCGAAACCGAAAACGACACUUUUGCCAUCCAGAGUUUCGACUUGCUGGACGAAUUGUGCGAGAAUAUGAUUACCGUGAUAACACCCCACGUGAAACCUCUUGUCCAUAUGUGCCUUACGAUCAUCGCCAAUAAGCGUACGGACGAACUCUUGAAAGUUAGGGUGAUCAGUUUUAUCGGAUGGCUAGCGAGAUUAAAGAAAAAGGCUCUUGUGAAGCACAAGUUAGUGGAACCUAUCGUCGACAUGUUAUUCGCAGUCAUGAUGAGUAAGCCAGACGAAGACGAUGAUUAUUCAAAUGCAGAAAAUGAUAAUACCGUUUUAACGAGCGCUACGCAAACUUUGGACUUGCUCGCGAUGAAUUUGCCGCCGGAGAAAUUAAUUCCACAUUUGUUGCGGCACAUCGAACCUGGAAUCAGAAACACAGAUGAUUACGUGAAGAAGACGUCGUACGUGGCUAUAGCUGUGCUAGCGGAAGGCUGCGCCGAAUACAUCCGUUCGAACUACCUUGAAUUCUUUCUGCGAUGUAUCUGCGAGGGAAUCUCCUAUCCCUCGCCCAUCGUGCGCAACGCCGCGCUUUAUGCCUUGGGACAAUACUCCGAGCACCUGCAACCGGAGAUCUCGCAGUACUCGUCCGAAUUGUUGCCCGUACUGUUCGAAUACCUCGGCCAGGUGUGCUCGUACAUCAAGCAAGAGAAGAAGGAGCCGCACGCGGUCGGCCGUAUGUUCUACGCUCUUGAGAUGUUCUGCGAGAACUUGCACGAGAGGAUCCUACCGUACCUGCCGAAGUUGAUGGAGAGGCUGUUCGACAUCCUGAACGCGGACACGUCGUCGCACGUGAAGGAGCUUACCUUGAGCGCGAUAGGCGCCGCCGCUUGCGCCAGCAAGGAGCAUAUGCUACCGUAUUUCGAAACUAUCAUAAACAUUCUCAACAAUUAUCUUACCACGGAGCCGAGCGAGGAAAACAUGUGUCUUCAAGUUCAGGCAGUCGAUACUCUCGGAGUGAUAGCCAGGUCGAUAGGCAAGGAACAUUUCGCCCCGUUGGCGGCCACGUCACUCGAUCUUGGAAUAAAACUAUUGAGAAGUACGAUUGAUCCGGACUUGCGGAAAUCUCUCUACGGACUGUUCGCCGCUAUCAGCACGGUAAUGAAGAAGGAGAUGGCUGUGACCCUGCCCGAAAUUGUCGAGUACAUGAUAAUGAGUAUACGGAGCGCGGAUGGGAUUUUGAUGCAUUUUAAGGACGACGACGCUAACGCUCUCACAGUUUACGACGAUCUCAGCGACACCGAGAAUGAACGAGAGGACGAAGAAGAAGACAUCGAAUGCACGGAUAACGAGGAUGAUAACGACGAGGUCGAAGGUUAUAGCGUUGAGAACGCCUAUAUGGAAGAGAAAGAAGAAAGCGUUAUGGCGCUGAGGGAAAUUGCCGAAUAUACAGAAGAAGCGUUUAUGCCAUACCUCGAAAGAUCCUUCGAAGAGAUUUUUAAAUUGAUCAAUUAUCCUCAAGAAGAUAUACGGAAAGCGAGUAUAGAGGCUCUAUUACAGUUCUGCAUUAAUUUAUCGAAAAUCAAUACCGACGAAGGUAAAAAGGCACUGCUGAAGGCCCUCUCCAUGUUUAUCCCGAAAUUGUCGGAACUGAUAAGAUUAGACGAAGAGCCGACAGUUGCCAUUUGCGGUUUGGAGGCGUAUCAGGAACUUUUAAGAGAAGUCAAAUCGGAUGUUAUCGUCGGUGUGGGUCACAAAGAAGCCAUAAUAAAUUGUGUGAUGGACGUGAUGAAAGACAAAACAGCGUGUCAGGAUCAGGAAGAGGUCGAAGGCAUUGACACCGAAGCCGAACAAGACGAGCUACUGAUAGAAUGCGCGGGGACUGUGUUUUCCAGUUUGGGAAGAGUGCUCUCAGCAGAGGACUUUGCACUCUACUUUCAAACCAUGUUGCCUUUCUUUCUAAAAAGACUGAAAAUGGAUAAUUCGGAAGGGCAAAGAUCCUUCGCUAUCGGUACGAUAGCUGAAUGCUUGCCCGGACUUAGACACAUGACGGCUGCGUUUGUCCAGCAACUGCUUCCUACUUUUCUGCAAACUGGGGCCCAGGACCCCUGCAGCGAAGUUCGUAGCAAUUGCUUCUUCGGAAUCGGAGAACUUGCUUUCUACGGAAAAGAAGCUGUUUAUCCACAUUAUCCUAAUAUUCUCCAUACUUUAUCGUGUGCCAUUGCAAAAGAGACGGAUGCAGCUACACGUGAUAACGUGGUUGGGGCGAUUGCACGGCUUAUUAUCACGAAUUAUUCGAAUUUGCCACUUGAACAAGUAUUUCCAGUUUUUGUUGAACAGUUACCUUUGAAGGCAGACUUUCAGGAGCAUAAAGCCGUAUUUAAAAGUAUUCUUACGUUAUAUCAAGCCGGAGUCACUCUCCUACAGUCUUACAUUCAUACAUUGUUGAAAGUCGCAGUUAUCAUACUACAUGAAGAAAAGACUGUCGAUGCUGAAACGCAAAAUCUGGUUAUGGAAUUUAUCAAGUCUGCUCAGCGAGAUUUUGUGAACGAUUGGAAUACACUUUUCACCGAGCUGCCUCCGGAAGUUGUCGCGAACAUUCAACGUAUAUUUUCUUAAUGUAAAUGAUUAGUCAUGCAUGACAUUUUUAAUCGUUUUUUGAACAUCCAAAAUGUUUAUUGAUUCGCAUGUUGAUCGGUGGGAACGACUUUUGUUCAAGUACGUAUUUUAAAGUUAAUUUUCUUUUUCGCAAUUAGAAUCCUAUUGAGGAGUAACGUUGAGCAAAUGAGAUACGAGGCGAGAAUAAUUGCAGUUGAUUAAAUAUACCUACAUUUCAGCUUUAUAGAUGAAUACUCAUCGGUUUUUUUUAUUUUUUGUUUAUUCGCCGUCUUUCAUUACGAUAUAGCUUUACAGAAUGCCCAUUUGUGACUUUCCUUUAAUAAGCGAAUAAUUUAUAUUAUCUUACAAUUAAACGCGCAGUUUGUUGUCUUUAUGACACACGCAUCAAGACACAAUUCUUCCUUUACUCUUCUGCUAUGAAUAGAUACCCCGUGAACGUUGUAUAGUAAAACGAGAAAGGAGAGAAAAGUCUAGGGAGAGAGGAAUCUAGAAUAUCUGAAUUAUGGAAUUAUUUAGGGAAUCUCGCGAUUUCCUCUCGCGUCGUAUAGAUUUUUUUUUUUAGACUUGCUCACGGAAUUGUAAUUGAAUCUAUGUAGAUUUAUAAAGUCUUCAAUUCGUCCAAUGAGCGUGUAGAUAAAAGAUCUGGUUGACAUGCAGAAGCGGACAUACAAGCUCGCUUUAAUGAGCGAAAUUCUGCCUCUAGCAUAGGCGUCGACGUCACUGUUACCGACGAGCAGAAAUUAGCCCGUCUUCUUUCUUUAUGUCUGCAAUCAAAAACGUACAGCCUAGCGUACAAAUAUUGAAAAUAAAUGUAUUAUGUGACUAAUAAAAGUGUCGUACAUCCUUUUUUUUUAUAAA